AGGUGGCAGGAAGGAGGCAGAGCGUUGGUGGCUGCAGCUUUAGCCAUGCUUUCUAUCUUGCUGUCCUUGAAUGUCUCCCACCUGAGCCUGUGGGCUUCUGGAUUGAUCUUGGUCUUAGGCUUCCUCAAACUCAUUUGUCUGCUGCUUCGGAGGCAGAGGCUGGCCAAGGCUAUGGACUGUUUCCCAGGACCCCCCACCCACUGGCUCUUCGGGCAUGCCCUCGAGAUCCAGAAGACAGGGAGCCUGGACAAGGUAGUGUCCUGGGCCCACCAGUUCCCUUAUGCCCACCCACUCUGGCUUGGACAGUUCCUUGGCUUCCUGAAUAUCUAUGAGCCCGACUAUGCCAAGGCUGUGUAUAGCCGAGGAGAUCCCAAGGCUGCAGAUGUGUAUGACUUCUUCCUGCAGUGGAUUGGGAAAGGCCUGCUGGUCCUCCAGGGGCCCAAGUGGUAUGAGCACCGCAAGCUGCUCACACCUGGCUUCCACUAUGAUGUCCUGAAACCCUAUGUGGCUGUGUUCAACAACUCCACGCACGCCAUGCUGGACAAGUGGGAGGAAAAGGCUCGUCAAAAUAAGAGCUUUGACAUCUUCUGUGAUGUGGGCCACAUGGCACUGGACUCACUCAUGAAGUGCACCUUUGGCAAAGGAAACAGCGGUCUCAGCCACAGGGACAAUAGCUACUACUUGGCAGUCUGCGACCUCACUCUGCUGAUGCAGCAGCGCAUCGAGUCCUUCCAGUACCAUAAUGACUUCAUCUACUGGCUCACCCCACAUGGCCACCGAUUCCUGCGGGCAUGCCAGGAAGCCCACGACCACACAGACCAGGUCAUCAGAGAACGAAAGGCAGCCUUGCAGGAUGAGAAGGAGCAGGAGAAGAUCCAGAACCGGAGGCACUUGGACUUCCUGGAUAUUCUUCUUGGGGCUCGGGAUGAAAAUGGGAUCAAGUUGUCCGAUGCAGAACUUCGGGCUGAAGUGGACACAUUCAUGUUUGAAGGCCAUGACACCACCACCAGUGGCAUCUCCUGGUUUCUUUACUGCAUGGCCCUCUACCCCGAGCACCAGAGUCGUUGUCGGGAGGAGGUCUGCGAGAUCCUUGGGGACCGGGACUCCUUCCAAUGCAGCAAUGAGGGAGGGAUGGAGAGAAGUGGAAUCAGAAGAAAAAAAAAGUGCAGCCAGAACCUUGGUGUGAGUGGCUACCCCAUUCCAGUCUGGUGUGGAUACUUGAAGCAUUUAUGUCGAAUCUCUGUUGGAUGUGUGAUGGUGGCUAAGGAGGAAAGGCUUGGUUGUAUUGCUGGCAGGGAUGAUCUGGGGAAGAUGACCUAUUUGACCAUGUGCAUCAAGGAGAGCUUCCGCCUCUACCCACCUGUGCCCCAGGUGUACCGCCAGCUCAGCAAGCCUGUCAACUUUGUUGAUGGCCGGUCUCUACCUGCAGGCAGCCUGAUCUCUCUUCACAUCUAUGCCCUCCACAGGAACAGUGCAGUGUGGCCUGACCCUGAGGUCUUUGACCCUCUGCGCUUUACCCCUGAGAAUGUGGCCACACGCCACCCCUUUGCCUUCAUGCCUUUUUCUGCUGGGCCCAGGAACUGCAUUGGGCAGCAGUUUGCCAUGAAUGAGAUGAAGGUGGUCACAGGCCUCUGUUUGCUCCGCUUUGAGUUCUCUGUGGACCCUUUGCAGCCCCCCAUCAAGAUGCCCCAACUAAUCCUGCGCUCCAAGAAUGGAAUCCACCUCCGCUUGAAGUCCCUGCACCUGGGCUCUGGGAAGUAGCUCUGCCAAGAGUAGGGCCCCGGACAGCCCAGACUUUGGCCUUUCCCUGGGCACUAUCCUCCCCAGGCUGGAUCAUAAAACAGCUAUGACUCCCUGUCUUUGGAAGGCUUACAGUUUAGAAGGGGAGCAGGCACCCACAUAAACAGUCACCUGGAGGGCAGUGAUAUGUAAGCAUGUGUGUCAAUAAAUUUUUAUUAUGCUAAAGCUCA